AUGCCUCUGUCGGAGCCGGUGACGUUUGCCAUUUCGGGCUCUCUAGCCACUGCUGUAGCGGCACUUGUCACUGGCCGGGCCGUGUCGCUGGAAACUGUUGUUGGCUCCAAAUCGACAAAUCCGACCACGGCAGCAGGCAACGGCUUUGUUUUCUUCCUCGCCUAUUAUGUCGCGGCGACGACUGGACUGCGGCUUGUUGGCCGACACAGCCUUGACGGCGUGACGCCAACAUCGAGUCGAAGUGCAGAAGCGCUGGCAUUUAUUGUCGGUGCAACAGCGGCGGUCUCUACGCGGUUACUUGGUCCGAGGGACGAUGUUGAGCUACGCCAUGAAAAUACGGUUGGAACCGAGUCUCGCCCACAAAAUGGGGAAACUGGCGCUGGAAUACCACCAAAACAUGACGCACGGCAGCAUCGAUGGUCACUCGCGGCCCUCGAAGACGACCUUGUCCUGGCACUCGAUCCUGGCUUAACUUUCUGCAUUCACGAGCUCCUGGCACGGCUGGUCGCCCAGAGACAAGGGAGGCGACACCCUUCGAGACAACAGCACACGAAUGGCCCCAGAGCCGCCGUGAUCACCUUCCUACUUGCGGCUACUAGCAAGGCCAUUUCCACGGCCAUCACAUACCCGUUGUACGCAGCAUCUUUUAUAGCAGAGGCAGAAAGACGGCGACUGCCUCCAACAGAACCCGAUGACGAUGGCAAUGACAAGAUCCUAGCCCUGCUGUGGAAGACGUUCCGCCACCCGGGCGGUCCCCGGGCGCUCUACGACGGAUGGUUACGGAACGUGGCGUCCGCAGCUCUUAGCCACGGCAUCACCAUGGCGAUCCAACGAGCCCUAUACGGCCUUGUCUUGCGGCUGGUGUGCUCGGCCACCAAUGCCCUUCGAAAGAGGACGGCGUCCAUCUCGCGCACAACGAAAGUGGCUCUCUCAGACGCAACCGAAGCACGUCGGUCAUCACUACAGAUUCCGGCUGCCACAGCCAACCACUUUCGUGACGAGCGGGAAGAGGCCACCAAGGCUGUCGAGACGUGGCUCGAGUCAACAACAGGAAGCAGCGGUGUGGCGCAGAGCAACGUAGGCCACGAUACUGCCCGCCUACUGCCCCAUCCCAAUCCGUCAGCAUUCCCAAAAGCCAUUGCAUCUAGCCAUGAGUCAUGGGUGGCGAACCAACGCACACGACAAGACGGCUCUCACCGCACUUCUCCCAAAGACAGGGCAUUGGUUCGCUAUGAUGCCACUCAACGUACCGAGACGACCAUUCCUCAGGGCCGGGGAGCUCCGUUCCAAUCGACAAGCGGCGCAGAGUCGAUAGCGACACCGACAGAAAGUGGCACGGGUUUUGAACGUGACGACGACGGUGCUGGUACUGUUAUCUUUAACAUGAUCUCGAAAAUCCCACGCGUGGUGAAGAAGUAG